GACGCAUUUCUCUAUUAUCAGUUUCAUCUCUAAUGUUUCCUGCAAAAGACGCUCUUAAGGCACGACCCGAAGACGCGCCUUCGCCAGUCCAGUCCAGUCCGUCGACUUUACCAGACAAUCACACCAACAUGAGCUCCAUUGGAAGUCAGUUCCAGCUAAAGCCUACAGUCAAGCCCAAAGUGCCUUUUGGGCAGGCUGAACUGGACGCCGACGCUAACGCCCUUCACGAGGCGAUGAAAGGGCUUGGCACCAACGAGGAAGCUAUUAUCACCAUCUUGGCCAACCGUACCAAUGGCCAGCGCCUGCUUAUCGCGGAUCGUUUUGAAUCUCUGUUUGGAAAGAAACUCGUUGAUGAAUUGAAGAAGGAAUUGGGAGGUAGCUUUGAGGAUGUAACUUUGGGUUGCAUGAUGUCCCUCGACCGCUACUUCGCUCAGGAGCUGCACGAUGCCAUGGAUGGUCUUGGCACAAGGGAAGACGCUCUCAUUGAAAUUCUCUGCACUCUCAACAACGAUUGGCUCAAACUUAUUAAGAAGACUUACAAAAACAUGUUCGGCAGAGAUCUAGAGUUUGACAUCAAGCGCGACACUGAGCUUUACUUUGAGAAGCUACUGCUGGCGCUGUUGGACGCUGAGAGGGACGAGAGCGUUGUGGUCGACAUCGAAAAGGUGGUCACAGACGUUGAAGCUCUUUACGCCGCUGGAGAGAACGUGGUCGGAACCAACGAGGAAGUCUUCAUCGAAAUCCUGACCAAGCGCAGCUUCGCUCAUCUCCAGGUUCUCUUCAGGGAGUACAAGAAUAAAUAUGACACUCCUUUCUACAAGGUCAUUGAGAAGGAGUUCAAAGGUGACACCGAAAAGGCCCUUGUGACCAUGGUGCGCUGCUAUGAGGACACGAGCGAUUACUUCGCCUGGCAACUGCACAAGGCUAUGGAGGGUGUCGGCACCAACAACCGCGCCCUGAUCCGCACCGUCGUCACCAGGUCGGAGUUCGACAUGGGCAACAUCAAGGAAGCGUACGCUAAGAAGUACGAAAAGCCGCUGAUCAAGGCCAUCGAGGAUGACUGCUCCGGCGACUUUAAGAGGAUGCUCAUUGCUUUGAUUGACUAAUCUAGCCGACUUUAUGUUUCCUCCUUUGAUCUUUGCAAUUUAUUUUAUGUACUUGAUUACAUUUCACAAUCUUGACAGUGUUGCAAGAAAUCAGAACUAUAAAUAAAUAUAUAUGAUUUUGAAUUACG